CGCCAGCCAUGACCUCAGCCACUCCCCCCUCCUCUGAGGGCUCCUCCCCUCAGAAGGUAUGCCACUCCCAGACGCAGACUGACAUCACCAAGCCCCUGCUGGGCUCCACAGGGGGGACCGGAGGUGCUGGUGCAGGUGGAGGAGGAACAGGAGUGGUAGGGCCCAGUGCUCUGCGAAGGAGGCGCCGAGUCCUCUCCAAAGAUGGGCGAAGCAAUGUACGCAUCGAGCACAUAAGCGGGCGAGGCGCACUAUACCUUCGUGACCUCUGGACGACUUUCCUGGACAUGCAAUGGCGCUACAAGUUCUUUCUCUUCUCUGCCACCUUUGCUGGAACCUGGUUCCUGUUUGGAGUGCUUUGGUAUCUGGUGGCAAUGGUGCAUGGAGAUCUGCUGGAGUUUGACCCCCCUUCCAACCAUACCCCAUGUGUAAUGGAGGUGAAGACCCUGACAGGAGCCUUCCUCUUCUCUCUGGAGUCUCAGACCACAAUUGGCUAUGGUUUCCGGUGCAUCACCGAGGAGUGUCCUGCCGCCAUUGUCCUGCUCAUCUUUCAGCUGGUCAUUACCAUGGUGAUGGAGAUCUUCAUCACUGGCACCUUCCUUGCGAAGGUUGCUCGUCCCAAGAAGAGAGGCGAGACAGUGAAGUUUAGUCAACACGCUGUUGUGUCAAAUUAUGAGGAUCGCCCCUGCCUCAUGAUCCGAGUGGCCAACAUGCGCAAAAGCCUGCUAUUAGGAUGCCAGGUGACGGGGAAGUUGCUUCAGACGUCACUCACAAAGGAGGGCGAGACAGUACGGCUGGACCAGCGCAACGUACCCUUCCAGGUGGACACAUCCAGCGACAGCCCCUUCCUCAUCAUCCCCCUGACUUUCUACCACAUCAUUGACGACAACAGCCCCCUCAGGGCCUGGGCAGCAAAAGGUGGUGGUUGGACAGACCCGGAGCUGGCUGACUUUGAGCUGCUGGUGAUCAUGAGUGCCACGGUGGAGCCGACCUCCGCUACCUGCCAGGUUCGGACAUCCUACCUGCCAGAUGAGAUCCUCUGGGGCUAUGAGUUCCCCCCCGUCGUCUCCCUGUCUCCCUCAGGAAAAUAUGUAGCCGAUUUUGCCUUCUUCGACAAAGUGGCCAAAACCAAAACCGUACCCUUUUUUAAGACCUCCCUGCCACCGAGCCCGCCAUCACAGGCGUCCCGUCACCACAGAGGCAAGGAGGAUGGGACAGAUCCAGAGAAGAUGCGACUGGAAGAGAGCUACAGGGGGGAAGAGAAGGGGCGAGAAAGGGGGCGCAUUAGAGAUAGCAGCCCACUAAGUGUACGUAUUAGUAAUGUGUGAGGGAAGACAGAGACAGGAAGGGGUUACAGAAAGUUGAUGUGAAACUGAGAUAAAGUAGACAGGCAGACAGGAAGAAAAGAAAGAAGCUGCUCAACAGAAGAAGUCAAGCUCUCAUAUGAAAACACCUCCCCCACUUGUACACAUAUCUGAGUUGUGGAAAGUGAACACCUUGCCACCGUCCCCCCAACCACACACAAACACACAUACCAAUAUGCUACUGUAACCACAAGUGAUACCAAAGGUAUCUGUGUGUGCAACCAACUACAGAGAGAGCAAGUUACAAACCCAACAUGUACAAAUGUACAGCACAUUAUCAAGUCAUCCAUUUUCUAUACUUACAUUCAUAUUUCUUUUUUGGAAAGGACUUGAUUUACUGUAACUGGAAGAUACUCAAACACUGAAAAAAACUCAUCAGGUCAUUUCUGUCUAUAAUUUAGCCAUAGGCUGGUGGGAAUAACUUCUCAGAAAAAGUGGAUUUCUUUUGAAAAUAGGUUGAAAUAUUCUCACCACACUUGCAGAUGUUUCACCUGUUUUAAGAAAAAAGGAACUCUAUUACAGACAAAUUGACUCGAUGAGAGGAUUUUUGCAGUGUACUUGAAUGUCUGGUAUGGAUGUUAAUCACUGAAUCACGGUACUGUUUUUCUUUUUCUUUUUUUUUAUUAAUAAAAUACCUGCAACAGGUGGCGAAAAUACUGGAACCAUAUUAUUAUUUUUUAAUGAAGGAUUUUAAAGGAAUGUAUCAUAUUUUAUGUACCCGAUAGUUUCUAACAACAUUGUUACUUGUUGCACCUGAAAAUAUUAUGCUCUUUGAUAUGAAUGUUCUUUCCUUGUUUAUUGGGGUAAAUAUGUUUAGUAAUAUUACUAAAAGCACUUUAACUUGAAAGAAAAGUGGCAUUUCACACAAGGGGAAUAACUGAACUAACUUUGAUACUUAAUGCACUGUAAUUAAUGAUUAAAUCUUGUAGUUAUGUUUUGGGUUUGUGAGUGAGUUUUUAUGCGUGAAAAUGGGUAAUUCUGUGAGUGUGAUAAUACUGUUUGUAUGAACCUUUUUGUGAACUGCCUUUAAAUUUCAUGUACAGUAUGUGUGUGUUAAUGUACCUCUGUACAGUGUAUAAAAUAUUUUUUUCCUAUAUUCCUCAUUUCUUGAUGUCCUGACAUUUGAUACACAACUCCACAUUUUCAAUAUACAAUAUUGUUCUCAAUGCACAAUGUUUCUUUCUGUAAAGUACAGUUCACUCAUCUUUUUACUGCUGUAAUUUUUUUCAUAUGGUGGUUAUGAAAGUAUCUGUGCCAAUGUGUGUCUAAUCAACUGCCUUGUCUUUAUUAGAUAAGUGCAUAUAUUUGGAUACAAAUUUAAAAUGUUCUCUUUCUACGCUACAUGGAAAUGGCAUCAAAAUCAAAUCAAAUUUAAAGAUACAACUUAAAUUCCUUGGUUAAUGCUGAUAAAAAUGAGACUUUAAAGGUCCAGUGUGUAACAUUUAGGAGGCUCUAUUGAAUUAAAUAUAAUAUUCAUAAGUAUGUUUUCAGUGUGUGUUCAGUGUAUAAUCACCUGAAAAUAAGAAUUGCUGUGUUUUCAUUACCUUAGAAUGAGCCUUUUUUUAAUCUACAAAGCAAGCAGGUCCUUUUCUAUGUUUCUACAUUAGCCCAUAACAGACAAACCAAACACUGGCUCUAUAUAGGCCCUUUCAUAUUUGCGCAUUUUGCGGGCAACAUAGUUUCUUCUACGUGCUUGAAAUGGGAGGGUGAAGUCAUUGGGAUCAGCAACUACACCAGUCCUUUACGUAAGGGCACGGGGAACAUCAGAAAAGGAUUACAAAGAGAU